AGGCUGUAUUCCUGCUCUUCCUUUCUGUUUUCCUCUUCUCAACAACCACCGUCAUCCUGGCUGCCCCGCGCCUUGUGCCUCGCCUCUCUGCCCUCUUCACGCGACUCCGGGUCAGCAAACCACACUCUCAGGCACCGCUCCGAGGAGGCUUCACUGCUGUCACGACUGGUCGCCCGGCUUUGGGCACCUUGACGUACUCGUCCCAGCCCUCCAUCUUUACUCACCGACCCAGCGUCGACAUGGCCAAGUACGCCAACCCACCCCAGGCUCCGCCGCUCUUCACGGGCACCAAGGACAGCAUCGUGGCCGAUUCCAAGGCGCUGUGUGACCGCACUCGCUCUGUGCUGGACUCGCUCGUCGCCAGCAUCAAGCCCGACGAGAACCCCGCCUCUGCCACGUUUGAGUCCGUCAUGCGCCCCCAGACCGAAGACGAGAACGAGAGUUCCCUCAGCGCCCGCGUCCUGGGCUUCUACCAGUAUGUCUCGGGGGACAGCGCCCUGCGGGACGCAAGUACCGAGGCCGAGAAGAUCAUGGAUGAGUUUGCCAUUGAGUGUAGCAUGCGCGAGGACGUCUUCCGCCUCGUCGACGCCGUCUACAAGAACUCGGGCCUCUCUGCGAGCAUCGAGAAGGACAAGGAUCGGCUGAUUGACGCUGCGCUGGCCAAGAGUGCAGGUCUGGACGAUGUCGAGUCCGCGCGGCUGCUCGAGAAGGAGAGGAAGAGCUACAUUCGGAACGGGUUGGGCUUGCCCGAGGGCCCCAAGAGGGACCGGUUCAAGGAGAUCAAAAAGCGACUGAGCCAGAUCCAAAUCGAGUUCCAGAAGAACCUGAAUGAAGAGAAUAAUGGCAUUUGGUUCACCAAGGAGGAGCUCGACGGUGUGCCCCAGGACGUCCUGGAUACGCUGGAGAAGGGCACCGGCGAAAAUGAAGGCAAGCUCCGGCUAACCUUCAAGUACCCCGAUUUAUUCCCGACGCUCAAAUUUGCAAAGAGCCCUGAGACGCGAAGGAGAGUGUUCAUCGAGAACGAGAACAAGUGCAACCAGAACGCACCCCUUUUCAAAGAGGCGAUCCUCCUUCGCGACGAGGCCGCCCGUCUUCUCGGCUACCCCGACCACGCUUCGUUUCGCAUCGAAGACAAGAUGGCUAAGACGCCUAAGACGGUCCUUGACUUUCUGGGAGACCUCAAGAGCCGUCUCGCUGCGGGUGGCGUCAAGGAGAUUGAACAUCUGCUGGAACUCAAGAAGAAGGACCAUGAGGCUCGCAAUCUCCCCUUUGAUGGGAACUACUACCUCUGGGACCACAGGUUUUACGACCGCAUGAUGAUCGAGCAGGAGUACAGCAUCGACGGAAACGCUAUCGCCGAGUACUUCCCGCUCAAGUCGACUGUCGCCGGCAUGCUUCGCAUCUUUGAGGAGUUGUUCGGUCUUGUCUUUGUCGAGCUGACACCCGAGGACCGUAAGCACAUCUCGCCCACCGGAAAGGCUGAGGACAUUGCUUGGCACGAAGAUGUCAUCAUUUUCAGCGUGUGGGACGAUUCGAGCGAGGGCGAUGGCUUCGUGGGCUACCUCUAUCUCGACCUUCAUCCGCGUCCGGGCAAGUACGGCCACGCGGCCAACUUCAGCCUCCAGCCCGGCUUCCGCAAAGCCGACGGCACCAGGAGGUACCCUGCCACUGCGCUUGUCUGCAACUUCAGCAAGCCCACAGACAAGAAGCCGUCGCUUCUGAAGCACGAUGAAGUCGUCACCCUCUUCCACGAACUGGGCCACGGCAUCCACGAUCUGGUCGCCCGCACCCGGUACGCGCGCUAUCACGGGACGUCGACCGUGCGCGAUUUUGUGGAGGCUCCCAGCCAGAUGCUCGAGAACUGGUGCUGGACGCCCAGCCAGCUCAAGAGCCUGAGCAGCCACUACGAGUCGGGGCAGCCAAUCCCGGACGAAUUGAUCGAGAAGCUCAUCUCGACCAAGCACGUCAACGACGCGCUCUUUAACCUUCGCCAGCUUCACUUCGGUCUAUUUGACAUGGCCGUCCACACUCCCAAGACCCAUGAGGACUUGGAGCAGAUGGACGUCAGUAAGCUGUACAACGAGCUGCGCGUGCAGAUCUCCCAGAUCAAGGGCCCCGAAGCGCAGGGAGAGCCCAGGUAGGCCGUCUUUUAUUCACCUCCCACUCCCCAUGCUAGCCACCUUGCAAUAUUGACCAUCUCUGGUGAUUCAGCACCUGGGGCAACG